AUGAACCCUCUUGCAGUGGGCCGAUAUGUCCAAUUAAAGACUGAACUCAUAAGGUGGACAUCCAACUCUGAGCAUAAACGUCUGAGUCAGCUGCUCACAUCCGAGGAACUGGGGGAUAGGAAGCCAUCCCAAUUGUUAAGGAAAAUGUACCAACUGUUAGGAGAUCGAGAGUUGGAACAACAGGUAAUGAAACAACUGCUUUUAACAACGCUUGCCAACGAACGUGCAACUAUCUUGGCACAAUCCAAAGAUGAUUUGGAUGCAGCUGGCCUCGCAAAACUAGCUGAUACGCUUAUAAAAGUAUCAACCCAACAGACUGUUGCAACAGUUCACCAACAGCCCUCCAUAGACACUGGGUCAUUACUUGCACAAAUUAACCAACUCUCCCAGGAUGUUAAAUCCCUCCUAUCCGACCGACAGCGGAAUAGCCGAGCUCCCAGCUCCGGCCGACGCACCCGUAGCCCCUCCCACACCAGGGCUAAUACCAGCCCGCAG